GUCGUGGCAGCAUCAUCGCCUGCCAGCCUGUGCGGAGGCAUAAAGAACCAGGCCGCCGCUGUGUUGCAGGCUUCAUCGAGCCUUUCUACACCCAGCUGCUGCAAACAACAAAUACCAUCGACUUUUGGUAGCGAAGAUAUCUGCAGCCACAACCAGCCUACCCGCCCCGUAGCCCCUGCAGCCAUCCAUCGCGUAGCCGUAGCGCCUCUCUUCUAUCAAAAUGGUCGCACCCGCUCUUGUCCUGGGCCUGCGCGGCGUACAAGUCGUUUUCAGCAUCAUCGUGCUGGGUCUUACAGCCUACAUUGUCGAUGCCUACGUCACCUGGGUGCCGGCGAGCGUCGCCUUCAUGCUCUUCACUUCCAUUUGGACCCUCCUGGCUGUCGCAUAUCUUGUCCUCGCACCAGCUCGCUUCCCCGCUGCAGCCCACAAGUUUGCCAUUGGCGGAGUUGAGUUCAUUACCAUGAUUUUCUGGUUCGCCGCUUUUGUUGCAGUGGCCACUCGAUGGGGUAACAAUUGGUGGGCUGGCCGCCAAGGCACCUUCUACAGUUGCGGAGUUGCGGCGAUUGUCUUCUCUGCUUUCAACUGGGCUGCCUUUGUUGCUUCGACCGUGCUUGCGGCGCUGCACAUCCGCAGCUCUCCCAGGAACGACACCGCUCCUGCGCCAAACAUGGCCGGCGUAUAAACAAAGACUUCCUGUCGCGCGACGCGGCCCAGACCAGCCAUUGGUCUUAUACCUCAUGAUACCCAAACCUUUCUUAAUUCCACCCUUGUACCUGCCGCAGAAUGUAAUGUCCAGCGUAGCGGUCGUGUUUUGUGCGGUGUCAGCUACAGUUUUGGUGAUGAUUGCCACGACGGGUCUGCGGCAACCGCGACAGACAGCGCCC